UAUAAAUGAAAGCACGGACUGUUACUUAAGUCCAGUUAGUAGACAUGAUAUUCGGGAUUCAGGAACUCAAACAAUGACGACGUUAGAAAAUGUGUCUAAUGAAAGGGUAAAUAUUGUUGACAAUAACAUUAACAAGACUGUGGAGGGAUGUGAAAUGUUCGAAAAAGAGGUUCACGAACUUGGUGUGACGGAGCCUAACAUGACAGAUAUUGAAGGAGCAGCCAUUGUGGAAAAGAAAGACAUGGAGUGUUACUUAAGUCCAGAUAGUAAUCACGAUAUGAAAUCUGGCACAAUGCACAACGAGGAUUCAGGAACUAAAACAACGACGACGUUAGAAAAUGUGUCUAAUGAAAGGGUAAAUAUUGUUGACAAUAACAUUAACAAGACUGUGGAGGGAUGUGAAAUGUUGGAAAAAGAGGUUCACGAACUUGGUGUGACGGAGCCUAACAUAACAGAUUCUGAAGGAGCAGCCAUUGUGGAAAAGAGUAAGCAAGAAAAGGGUACCAUAGGUUUUUUAGAAAUUGUUUGA